UCGAAAUAUUGGUUUAGGUGGUUUCAAUGUGACGUGUGCAUGACAUCAUGAUCAUUUGACCAGUGUGUACAGCGCCACGGAGAAGGUCUCGUGCACUGCCAAGAGCAAACUGUCGGCGGAUAGGGAACUGGCAACGCCGGCACACUGGGAGGAGACGCGUCUACCUGGAUUUCUGUAGUGCGAAACAGAUCCGGUCAGACGAGUUUUAGUCUGCGGUCUGCUAGGAACCAGUGGCAGUCUACCGGGACGUGGACUAACUAGACUCAGACGACGCGGCAGCGCGAGAGAGUGCUAACGGCGGCGUGCAGCUAGCUCACUCCAAGUUUUGUGUGGACUGAAGGAUCCUUUGGACUUCGGACUCUGGAAAGCACAACAACGACAUUUUAAUCAGCCCCAUAUCGUUGGACUACGACAUUCAUUUUAAUUUUGGUGGAUUAGUUUCGCUUUGACUUUGGGCACCAGAAACUGCCGCGCUCCAAUGAAAAUGGCCAUCUUCAUAAGUGUCGUCAUGUUCCUGUCUGUUCAAGGGGCACUAGGCCAGCUCAUCCAGGUGGAUCCAGAGGUGAUGUCAUAUCCAGGUCAGAAUGUGGAGCUGCCCUGCAAGUUCGUCAACCCAGGAAGUACCCAAGUGUCUCAGGUGUCGUGGAUCCUUGAGCCUUCGGAUGGCGAACGCAUCAACAUCGCCGUGUACCACCCCACUUUCGGGGCCAGCUACCCAGACUCGCCGGUCACGGGCAGAGUGACCUUCAUCGCGCCAACGCUGAACACGCCGUCCAUCCGGAUUGCUGACGUCAAGAUGACUGAUGAGGGACGCUACAUCUGCGAGUAUGCCACCUACCCGACUGGCAACGCCCAGGGCAUCACCAACCUCGUCAUGCUCGCCAAACCCAAGAACUCGGCGUCCCACAUAACGGUUGUCGCAGGCGAUACGCCGGUGGUGGUGGCUCGGUGUGCGUCCGCUAACGGCCGCCCGGUGUCUCAGAUACGCUGGGUGACGUCAGUCAAUGGCAACGCCACGACAUUGACCACACAGGAAAGCGACAACACGGUGACUCUCCGCAGCGACUACAAACUGAUCCCUACGCCCGCUGACAACGGCAAGGACAUCAGCUGCGUGGUGGAACAUCGGACACAGACCAAGCCCGAGAGCUUUCCCAUGAAGCUCGCCAUUGAGUACCCCCCCAUGGUGUCCAUCGUGGGCUACGAUGAUAACUGGUACAUGGGGCGCACCAACGUGGAGCUCACCUGCCAAGCCAAAGGCAACCCCAUCCCCACCACCGUCACCUGGAGAACGCUGACCGGCCACAUGCCAGACACCGUCCAGGUCACAGAGAACAAGCUGAAGGUUCUGAAGGUGGACGAAACCGUCAACACCACCUUCAUCUGCGAGGUCCGCAACCGAUUGGGCAUCGGCAAAAACCAGGUCACCGUCAACGUCAGAGAUCCCCCUGCUGACCCAUCCAAUGUUGGGGUGGUAGCGGGCGUAGUCAUCGGCAUCCUCCUGGCCCUCCUAUUGGUUGGUGCUCUUGUGGCCAUCUUGGUGACUCAUAACCGGCGGCAACAGCAGCAGGGUUACCGCGGCAACCAGAAGAGCGGGGCGUUUGACAUCAAGUCCCGCCUCUUCGGCUCCAAGGCCAGUAAAAAUGGCGGUGGCCCCGGCAAUGGCCCCGGCAACAACAACGGGCCCAUCUACACCUACCGUGAGGGCGUGUCUGGGGGCGGGCUAACUGAGAAAUCGGCCAAUCACGGGCUGCUGUCGACCACGCCCACGGCACAGGACAUCCUGCUGAGCGGCGAGAUGGACGAGGCGGAGAGGAAGAAGUUCGACGAGCUGGCGGACGAGGAGGACGAGGAACGCUAUGACCGCUUCACCGCCGCCGGGCCCAUCCUCCAGCUCCGUCACCACGACGACCAGCACUACCUGGACGAUGACAUGGAGUCGCAGAGAGACGGAUCGGUCAUCUCACGGACCGCCGUCUACGUGUAGAGAAGGAGAGAGACGGAGGGAGAGAGAAAAAAAAACGAUGGAGGUGGAGAAAGAGAGAGAGAGAGAGAGAGAUAUGAAGUGUUGGUUUAAUUUUUCACUAAAAUCUUAUUUUUUAUCUGACCACUUUGAUGGGCUUGCGGAUGGAAGGCUGGGUGGCCGGAUGGACAGAUGAGGGGAGAUGAGUCUACGAGUGGAGGAGGGGGGGUGAGUGGACAAGUGGAAGGGGGGAUGAAUGGACAGUGACCAAAAAGAAAAAUGGAGAGACAAUCUGGCCUUUCUGCUUUUGAAUGGACUUACUGCUUCCUGCUUCUCCAUGGACACAUCUCACUGGCCAGGAGAGACACAUUAUGCCCACCACACACACACACACACACACCUCACUGGCCAGGAGAGACACUGUGUAUGCCCAUCACACACACGCAUACUCACAUGCACACACACACAUACACACACUCUCAAGCACUACUCGAGUCCCAGCUGUACUUGUAUUAGAUCUAGUGGUUGACCUACUAGGGUGUAUCAUCAUCUGCCUGUUGACACACAUCCACACACACACACACACACACAUCCACAUCCACACACACAUCCACACACACACACACACAUACAUACAGAUGUCGAAAUCACCCAAACAAAUACUCAAAAGACAACAACUCUGUGAUACUACACACACACACACACACACACACACACACACACACACACACACACACACACACACAUUCUGGUCAUACUGGACAGAAACACUGACCAGCCUCAGUGAAGAAUGAGCGGCAGAAAGGCAGAAGGCACCAAACGGCACAUCAGGAGUGUGUGUGUGUGUGUGUCCAGGGCCCGGUGUGUAAUGAGAUGUGACGCAGCGUCUGUUGGGCUGUGCUGGACAGAUUGCUGCCACUGAUCAUUUAUGACGGGAUGUGAUGACUCUCUCUCUCUCUCUCUCUCUCUCUCUCUCUCACACUCACACACACACACAUACACUUCCUCUGUGUCUCUUUAAGACUCCUUGUGUGUUGUUCUCGAAGGCCUUAGUGAUGUAAUGUGUGUAAUCAUGCAGAAGGCACCUGUGAUCACCUCUCAACAUAAUCCAAACACACACACACACACACACACACUGUGCACAAUGUGUGACCCAUCAAGCCUGCUGUGAAUCAGUGGCUGCUCACCUCUGAGCUUUCUCUCAUGCUGAGCAUGUGUGUGUGUGUGUGUGUGUGGAAGGGGGGGGUGUCUCCCUAAGGCUGGUAGUCCGGCUCUGUGCAGUCUGCUCUGUGUGUGUGUGUGUGUGUGUGCAUAUGUGUGUAGUCGGGCUCUGCAGUCCGCUGAGGCAUAUCCCAGCAUGCCUUGCUGCAGGGGCUCCAACAGUGAGGAAGAACAGCUGUGUAAAAUACACUCAGUAGAUCAUAACACCAGUAACACACACACAUACACACACACACACACACACACAGAAUUAUUAGUUACAUCAGCAUCAGCACGUUUUAAAUCGAAUUCUGAGUUCUCUCUCCCUCUCUCUUUCUCUCUCUCCCUCUCUCUUUCUCUCUCUCCCUCUCUCUUUCUCUCUCCCUCUCUCUCCCCCUCUCUCUUCCUCUCUCUCUGUCUGUCUAUCUUUCUUUCCCCUCCUUUAUGUUUGGAGGAAAUUGCCUCCCAGUGGCCCUGUGUGUGUGUCUGUGUGGAAGAGGUAGUUGAAACACUAGACAGGUAAUUGUGUCCCAGGAGGUUGGGAGUGAAAUGUGUCACACACUUCUCAAUUCAUAAUUGUCUUAACCAUAUCUACAAUAUAAAAUAAUGCACUCUAAUGCACAAUAAAGCACACACACACACACACACAUACACAGCUUCUCUGUGGGCCUCACUGGGCUGGUUAGCUGCUUUAAGCUGGAAAUAGAUCUGUCACCUCGUCCCUGUCUUUGUUACCGCAGACACACACACAGACAUACACACGCACACACACACAUUCAAUCUUUAGUUAGACAGAUUGUGUACAUUUCUCCUGAGAGGGUCAUCAGUGAGCAGUCUGAGUCAGCGUGUGCAAUCGACUGACUCAGGGAGGUGUGUGUGUGUUCUUGUGUGUGUUUGUGUAGGACACAUACUGUACCUAUACCUCUGAAUACACACACUGCACACUCAGACACCUCUUGACCUUAUCAGACAGAACCUCUUAAGCUCUCGACACAAUAGACACACACACACACACACACACACACACACACACACACACACACACACACACACACACACACACACACACAGAGGUCCAUUAAAGGGACUGAGUGGCCUUGAGUUGUGUUUGUCCUCGGUGAAGGACAGGGAGGCUAAUGUUCUGCUGCUCCCACUGAAAGACCACACACACUCUCACUCACUCAUUCACGAUCUCUCUCUCUCUCUCUCUCUCUCACUCACACAGCAAUCACUUGGGAUAGAGGCCACUCCCCCACCCCCCCAGUCAAUUUGGUCUGUACUGGUCAUCUUCUGUAAUCUUCCAGAAAUUCUUUCUCUUCAAGGGGACACUUCUAGAAUCUCUUUCACAGUAGAGAGCAAAACUAGAACCCUGUUCCUAAGGAGGGAGUGCUUAGAACUCUUAGAAUAGCCCUAGAACCCUGUGGAAUAUUCUGGAAGGCUUAGACUACGUGCUGAUUUUCUACUACUAAUUAGGAAUGCCAUUCCACCAAUAGGCGUGUGUGUGUGUGUGUGUGUGUGUGUGUGUGUAUGGACACACUCAGCUGGUUAUAACUGCACAGAGGCUGAAGGAGGUCUCUCUCUUCCUUUUCAGAUCUGCAGCCAACUCUGUCUCUCACACACACACACACACAUACAUAGGGGGGCAAAAAAAAAGUGUAAGAGUUCUUUGAGUCGACUUAUAUGCAGUCAUCUCAGCAAAAGCCUUAACCAGCACAGCCUCCUGCUACACACACACACACACACACACACACACACACACACACACACACACACACUGGUAUACACACUCACUUUGUAAAUAGUAUAAAUAUAUAAAAAUAUCAAGGGAAGUAAAUGAGAAUAAUUUAUAAUGUGGCGUUUGUCCCGCUGAUCGCAUGAAAGGUCAUUGUUAUCACACUGUUUUGUUCUGUUUGAGGCCUUUUGACUUUUCACAUGUUUCUGAUGUUUUUAUUCUCUUUAUUUCUGUCAUCUGAUGAGUGUUUUACAGUAACUGAUGAAUUGUAUAAGUGGAUCAUGCUUCCUAUGACGUGUGUCUUGCGUGUUCCUCCUUGACCAUGAGCGCCCAGUGAUGACCAUCAUUAGGGUCCGUUCUUGUCCCACAUCUGAUAUGCAGACGGGUCAAGUCCAGUUGGAUCCACUCCUAUGUUCUUCUGUCUUAUUUGUCUUUGGUUACAAUUAAAGUUUUUGGGAUUUUA